AUGAUAUUUUUUUUAACUCUGAUCCGAUCAAUUGUUAUAUCAUAUUCGUUGGAUAUUUUGAUCAUAUAUAACACAGACAAAAGCUUAAAGAUAAAUGAACUUCAAAAUAUCUUGAGCUCAAAGCUUAUUUCCGAAAGCAGUAUUUCAGUAAUAUGGAUUGAAGAAAAAUUUUCAGAUCAACUAAUUCAAAGCAAUAAUGAAAAAUGAUUAGUAAUUGAUCUUACAUCGAAUUUGGAAUACCCAUUUUUUAUUAUCUCAGCAGGCUGAAGAUUUAGAAUUUGUUCACUUUAUUAUUGAUGACUUUAA